CAGAAGGAAACCGGCAUUCCACACAUUGAAAAUGCCAUCCGUACUCUGUCGAUUCACCAAUCCAAACCGAUUUUUGGCUGGUUCACUAUUUAUUUACGUGUUUUUUUUGUGUUCGCUGUUUUUUUCACAAAGUUAAACAAUAAAGCAAGUAGCUGGCAAAUCAAAAUUAGAACAGGCUCAAUUUGCAGAGUUAGAAUCCUUUGUACAAUUUAGAAUCCUUUGUACAAUUGGCUUCCGAUCUUGAUAAAACUACUCAAAAUUUCGAAUGGGCCUCGGAAAGAGAAGGCCGGGAUGCCGGAACACCAAUUCAACCGGGUUUUUUGGGUGCCCACGUAGGUCACCGAUCCGUUUUUCACAACACCGAUUCUUAGGAAAAUGUUCGUAGAUUCGAAAGCAAAAACUGAUGCCAGAUAUUGAAAUCUAGAGAGAGAGAAAGAGAGUGAGAAAUGUAGAGAGAGAAACCGAUAUGAGUACUUGGGUUUUUAACACGUGUAGCGGUACUCUCAGCGAAAUCCGGCGAAAUUUAAAACUCUGCCGAUUAAAAGCGCAGUCCCUUUAGCGCGCUCGGAGCCAUUGAAUCUCUCUCUCUUCCAUGGAAGAAGCUCAGGAAGAGGCAAAGCUCCAGCGCUUCCUACACUGGUUGCAGGUUAAUGGUGUGGAGCUACGGGGUUGCCAGAUCAAAUUUUGUGGCUCUGACAAAGGAUUCGGAGUAUUUUCUUCUAAUGACGAUGGAGAAGGGAUUUUAUUAAUAGCUCCACUCAAUCUGGCGAUAACACCAAUGAGAGUGUUGCAGGAUCCUCUUAUAGGACGAAAAUGCCGGGCCCUAUUUCAAGAAGGAGAUCUUGAUGACCGAUUUUUAAUGAUGCUUUUUCUCUGUGUUGAACGUGCUCACAAAAACUCAACAUGGAAACCGUACCUUGAUAUGCUUCCAUCCACUUUUGGGACCCCUCUUUGGUUUACUGAAGAUGAGCUUUUAGAGCUGAAAGGUACUGCAUUAUAUAAAGCUACAACCAUGCAGAAGAAGAACUUGCAAGCGUUAUUUGAUGAUAAGGUAAAGCAUCUUGUUGAGGAACUUCUGUCCCUUGAUGGGGAGUUUGAUAGUGUGGUGCACUUUGAAGACUUCCUGUGGGCUAACUCCAUAUUUUGGACUCGAGCUUUAAACAUUCCAUUUCCACGUUGUUAUGUAUAUCCUCAACUGCCAGAACAGGAGAACAGUUCAUCAUGUCAUAACAAGCAGUUAAAGGUUCAAGCUACUCAAAUUUCUCUUGAAGCAUUGAGUGAUUGCAAAGACAAAAUGGGUGAUCCUCUAUCUGUGAGACAAACCAAAGACACAGAAGUAGAAUCCACUUCAACACAAACUGAAACUAUUUGGGUUGAAGGUCUUGUUCCUGGAAUCGACUUCUGCAACCAUGAUUCAAAGGCUAUAGCAUUAUGGGAAGUGGACAAGAGUGGAUCUGUGACUGGGACUCCGUUAUCGAUGUAUCUUAAACUUGUGGCAAAGAAUGAUUUUCCUGCUGACAAAGAGAUACACAUAAGCUAUGGAAACAAAGGAAAUGAGGAACUACUAUAUCUCUAUGGAUUUGUUGUGGAUAAUAAUCCAGAUGAUUAUCUUAUGCUUCACUAUCCAACCGAGGCCCUUCAGCAAGUUCCAUGUGCUGAAUCCAAAGCGCAGCUUUUAGAAAUACAGAAAGCAGAAAUGAGAUGCCUAUUAGGCAAAAGUUUGCUUCAAAAUGGAUUUUUUUCACAAAACCAUUCUCAAAAUGAAGAUAUAAUGCAUCCAAAUGUUCCGGUGAUCAAUUAUAGUUGGAGUGGCACGCGCAAGGCCCCUUCUUAUUUGAAUAAGUUGGUUUUCCCAGAGAAUUUUAUGACUGCUUUGAGAACCAUUGCCAUGGAAGAGGAUGAGCUUCUUCAGGUUUCAUCAUUGUUGGAAGAGCUUAAUGGAUCUAUGGAGGAUGAGAUAGCACUUACUGAGGCUGACACGUGUGCUGCAAUAUGGGAAGUCUGUGGGGAUGCUGGAGCCUUACAAUUACUGGUUGAUCUCCUUACUUCUAAGGUGAUGGAAUUGGAGGAGGGAUCUGGAGCUGAGGCCCAUGACAAGGAGUUGCUUGAAAAUGCCUGCAUAUGUGAGGCCAUAAAGGAAGAACUGAAAAGUGAUUCUGAAGAAAACGUAGUAAAAGGGAAGAAGUUAAAGAUGACCAGGAAUCGUUGGUCUGCUAUCAUUUAUCGGCAUGGUCAGAAGGAACUUACUCGCUUGUUUUUGAAGGAAGCAGAGCAAGCCUUGCAUUUAUGCCUUAGUGAUCAGGCCUGAUUCUCCUGAUAUUUUAAUGGGUGGUUUCAAAGUUAUAAUAAUGGGAAAUCUUGAAUUAAAUUUUGACAAAUAUUUUAUAGAAAUGAUUGAAGUUUCCUUAUAUCAGAAGCUUUGGUGGAUUUUGCCACAUGAGACUCUGUUUUUAGCUUAUGAUGUAACAAAAGAUGACCUUUGUGCCUGCUAUGGCUAAAUGGCUUUUGUUUCAGUGAAAAAACCGAUCAUGAUUGGAAAUGAUGUGAUAACUU